AGCACCUUUCACUUCUGCCAACUUUAUCAACCCAAUUUCCAUUGAACAAUCAGCUUCAUUUUGAAAACGACGCGACCUUACUAAUCUUUGUCGCAUCGACUCAAUCUUCCGAGUACACGUUCAAGCACGAGGAACAAUCUACUACGAAAUCAACAAUGGCAGAACCAGUUGAACCACCGACGACCUUAUCAGAACAAUCCUCUGCCGCGAUGGAAGCCUUCAAUUCGGUCAAGGUUUCGCUCGCCGACCUCUGCGCUCAGGGUACAGCAAAAUAUGCUAGGAAGCAGUACGAGGAGGCAGCUGAUCUGUAUGCUCGUGCUUCAGAGCUGCAAGCUGAGCUCAACGGCGAGAUGUCUCCAGAGAACGCGGAGGUUCUGUUUCUCUACGGUCGAUCGCUUUUCAGAGUCGGUCAGAGCAAAAGUGAUGUUCUAGGUGGCAGAGCCGGCGGUGAAAAGAAGAAGGCCAAUGGCACUACAAAGUCGAAGACAACUGAUGCGCGCAAGGAGGAGCCCAAGACCGAGAGCGAGAAGAUUGCCGAAGAGGGUGUAGCAAUCAUCGCAGGCCAGAAUGGAGACGCUGCAGCGACAGAUGAGGGUGGAAAGAGGCCGUUAUUUCAGUUUACUGGCGAUGAGAACUUCGAGGACGAUUCCGAUGACGAGGACCAGGCAGAAGGAGCCGAAGGUGAAGAAGAGGAAGACGAAGAUGACUUGGCGGCAGCAUUUGAGAUGUUAGACUUGGCACGAGUACUUUACAGCAAGAAGAUGGAAGGCCCAGAGGCUGUUGAAGGCAAGGGCAAGUCAACGGAAGAUACAUCUAUGAUGAAGCACAUCAAGGAGCGACUGGGAGAGACGCACGACCUUCUGGCUGAGAUUUCACUCGAGAACGAAAGAUUUCCUAGUGCUGUUGAGGAUUUCAGAUCUGCCCUGGGCUACAAGAACGACUUGUAUCCCGAGGAGUCGGAAAUCAUUGCUGAGGCUCACUUCAAGUUAUCCCUUGCACUUGAAUUCGCGUCCAUCACGAGAACCAAGGAAGAUGCUGAAGGCAAGGAUGAUACUACUGAAGAAGAAGCACACGUUGAUCAAGGCUUGAGAGAUGAAGCUAUCAAGGAACUUGAACUCGCCAUCAAGAGCACAAAACUCAAGCUGGACAGCAAGGAGGUCGAACUGGCGACUUCUCAUUCUCCUGAUGAUAAUGACAUCACGCGAGCACAAAUCGUCGACGUAAAGGAGAUUGUUGCUGAUAUGGAAAAUCGCCUGGCAGAAUUGAAAGGCCCUGCGAUUGAUACGAAGGAGCUUCUCUUUGGACCUGCUGGUGCUGCAUCAGUGAAUCCUCUAGGAGGCAUUCUGGGUGCGACAUUAGGAGAAUCGCCUGCUGAGCAAGCUGCUAGGAUUGAGGAAGCGAAAAAGACAGCAACUGAUCUUACAGGCAUGGUUCGGAAGAAAGAGAAGAAGCCAGUUGAUGCAGCCACCCCUGAGCCAGCGGCCAGCACGAAUGGUACCAAUGGAAAGCGCAAGGCGGAAGAUGACGCAGAGGAGAGUGAUAGUAAGAAAGCAAAAAUCGAUGCCAGUGGACAUGAUACCAAGCAGGCAACGGUGGAGGAUGCUAUUGCUGAGUAGAGCAGAGACGAAAAGUUAUGCAGCAAUCAUUUUCGAAACGGGUCACGUUCAAGGGCAUGGAACCAACUGGUGGGAUUUGGAGGGGUUUUCUUCUAGGUAAUUGCAACAGGGCGGCUGGUGAAAAUCUGAGAGGCGUUGAAUAACAGGAUACCAAGGGAGCAUAGGCUUUAUUUGCUGGGAAUGCACAACGGUCUGUUAUUACAUAAGUGCACAUGAUGCCAAUCCUCUUCAAUAAUGAAUUUCAGAACCAAAUCUGCCGAGUUCAUCGUCACUGCAUUUCCCCGCUUGAUAUCUUACAACAAUAGAUCACUUUGAUCUUGUUGACUUAGUACGUACUAAGUUUACGCAGUCCUUGUCUACCUACGUUCCGCCCC